GGGGGCCUGUUAAACCCUAAGUGUCCACCCUGGUCAGUGGGCGGGGGCGUCUUCUGUCCUGUGUGCAGACCCAGAACCUUCCUGGGUCACUGAGCCAACAAAGGACUCGGACUGCCCAGCAGCCCCCUCCUCCUGGGCCCCGUCACCUCAGCACAUGUGCCACGGGAGGAGGCCAGGGUCACCCAGGGCGGCCCCCCUUUACUGCUCAGCCGAGGGCCCCAGAGUGGGUGCUGGGUGGCCCAGCAUCCCUCCCGGGGAUGGCUUCUGAGUCUGGAGCGAUUGGUUUUCCCACCUCUGAGAAGUAAUUGUUUGCUGCACAAAAGGAAAGCCUCUUGGUGUCUGAGGCCUGAUCUGGGGGAUGGAUGGCUGUGUGAAAUUCAAAUUAACCUUUCAGAAUGUUUAAGAAGUUGGUAACAUUUUUACAUCUGGAGUUAUUAAACCUUAAAGCUGCACAAACACUUUGGGGAAUGCUGCAUAUGAUAUAUAUGUAUGCACAUACAGAAGCAAAUACACACACACACACACACACACGCAUGCACACACUGAUGAUACUGAAGAUAACAGGUGUCUAUCUGGCCUUGCCAACAAGAUGCCCUGGCUGACUCGCCCUGACAGGGGGCCGCCUCUACCUUAGUAGAAUGGCUUGGAGCUGGGGGAGCAGUUCUUCUCAGAUGCCUGGCCGGCAGUGGAGGCCUCUGCCUGAGGCUGGACCAGGGACAAAGGCCUCCCAGCCAUGGAGGGAAAGGUUCGGAAGGAUUGUGCAUCUGCCCCAGUGUUCCAUGGCUCGGUUAAUUUGGGGGAACGACCCGUGGGAAUAAGUUUCACUGCUUCUUAAAGAAAAGGGCUAACAGUGGUAAUUAUGGGCAGGGCGGAGAGAGGCGGGGCUUCUGGGGGUGGGGCUUUUUCCCAGGAAGAUCUGACGGCCUGCCUCCCAGACGCUAAGUACGGCGGCUGCGCAGCCCUUUUCUUCCCCUGUGAGGGAGGGUCUCGCCUGGUGACCUGGUGCCAACGGAAUGAUUUGCGCAGAGCUCACAGUCAGAGGGAGCGUCCCUCGUUGUCACCUGCUGCGGAGGCAGGACCGGCCCUGGCCUUUGCCCCCAGACCUUCCGAGGACAGCUGCCUCAGGCUUCCCUGAGCAAGGAGCACCUGGGCAGCGGGUCUCUGCCCACCAGGACUAGGCCCUGGGCGCUCAGUAGACACUCAUCUUCGGGGAUCCCUCGGGCGUGUGUCACGAGGCAAGGAAAGUAUCUGACUUCAACUGCCGGGGGCCUGAUCCGGCUCCAGGGACAGGGGAGGGAACAGACCGAUCCCCUUCUCACUUGGGACACCCACGGGGUCUGUCAUGCCAGGACCACUGAGGGGAGGAAUCCCAGCCCUGGUCCUUCCGUCCCUGAGCCACCUCCCCAAGAACUCCUGGGAUGAAAAGUGUUCGUCUGCCGGUGCUUGGAAACCCUCUGCCUCGGUCCCUGGCCAGCGCUCCCUCGCCGGUCAGGCCCUUGCUCAUUCUGCUGCAGCCCCUGUGUACCUUCAGCGCUCAUGGGGAGGGGAAGGGCUGUAUUUGGGUCAUAGGGUCUUGGCAGUUGAGCUGGAAGGGACCUUAGAGACAAUCGAGGCCGACGUCCUAAUUUUACAGGAAGAAGAGCAGGAAGGCUCCCGGCGCUCCAGGGCUACUUCAGGCCGUCUCUGUGGCCGGCCCUCAGCAGCGCCCUCUCCCUCCACCCCAACCCCUGUGCUGUCCGUGAGGAUGUCAGCGCACAGGGCGAUGUCCCCUCCAGCCCCUGCAUGGCAUUCGCCUCACCUAUACGGCCGCCUCGGAUGUGGGGCGCUCGGUCACCACGCCCCAUCACCUCGACCUCCCGGAUCCCGAAUCCCGACCUCCCCCGUCUCCAGCUCCACGCGCAGGAUAUUGAGAGGGUCCGUUCAGUCCACGCGUGUCGAUGGACUGACAGCAGCUAGCGGGAAUAGGCUCCAGCGGAGGCAUUCUAAGACCGUCGGGUCGGUCCUCCUUUGCCAGAGUCCACUUUCUCUUGUCUCCUGUCGGUACUCGUGGGCGACUGUAGUAUAGA